AUGCAUGACCGUACGUUUUUUAUUACCUUUGUCGAUCGUGUUUCGCGAGUAUCGUCGUACUCAGAGUUGAGCUUGGUCCGUCGAUCCCGUUUCCCGCUACGUACACGCUUUGUCUCGGAGGAGUUUCGCACGGGUGCGCUUUGGCCAUUGUGUCGCCCAGUACAAUCUAGGUUUCAGGCUUGCACCGGCAGGCCCGCACCUAACACGGCGCCUUCUAAUUUAGCAUGGAUAGAACCCAACACCCUUUACGUUUGGCUCAUCAGGCUGUGCGCCGCCCAAUGCUCCCUAUGUGGAAUACACGGACGAACGGGGACAGGUAAAAGAGUGCCGCGUGACCAAGGCUUCUCCACGUCGCACGCGCUGAGCUUCCCACACCCUGUCACUGCCAGACUGAAAGCCAAAGCAUAA